AACGUCUGGUUCCUUUGCCAGGUGCCUCCUGGGUGCGAGCCGAGCCGCGGCUGUGGAGCAACAUGCCGGAACAGAGCAACGACUACCGGGUGGCCGUGUUCGGGGCAGGUGGCGUAGGCAAGAGCUCGCUGGUCUUGAGGUUUGUGAAAGGCACGUUCCGCGAGAGCUACAUCCCCACGGUGGAGGACACCUACCGGCAGGUGAUCAGCUGCGACAAGAGCAUCUGCACGCUGCAGAUCACGGACACCACGGGCAGCCACCAGUUCCCGGCCAUGCAGCGGCUGUCCAUCUCCAAGGGCCACGCCUUCAUCCUGGUCUACUCCAUCACCAGCCGGCAGUCGCUGGAAGAGCUCAAGCCCAUCUACGAGCAAAUCUGCGAGAUCAAAGGGGACGUGGACAGCAUCCCCAUCAUGCUGGUGGGCAACAAGUGUGACGAGAGCCCCAGCCGCGAGGUGGAGAGCGGCGAGGCCGAGGCCCUGGCCCGCAGGUGGAAGUGCGCCUUCAUGGAGACCUCGGCCAAGCUCAACCACAACGUGAAGGAGCUCUUCCAGGAGCUGCUCAACCUGGAGAAGCGCAGGACCGUGAGCCUCCAGAUCGACGGCAAGAAGAGCAAGCAGCAGAAGCGGAAGGAAAAACUCAAGGGCAAAUGCGUGCUCAUGUGAGGCCCUGCGGAGCGGGGGGCGGGGCCAGGCCCCGCCCCGCCCCCGUCCCCUCCCACGUGACCCCCCCGUCGUCAGGGCAGCAUGUCCGAUGCCCACGUGUUCACUAGCGCAUCUUGACCGAGACGUGCCCCGCUGUCCCCGAGAGGGCACUUCACGCCACCGCCCGUAAGCACCCCCUCUCCAGAAUCAGGGACUCUGCCCAGCGGUUAAAAUGGGAACCCAUGCACCCUGCACCCCAGGGCACCUGGUGGGGGGCUGGGCGUUUCUGAAGGUGGGUUGGCCCUUAGCGGGGGCUCUGGGCUCGCGCCACGAGCGAUCUGAGUACAGGACUAGGUCCCAUCUGCGUGCAUGUGACGGCAUGUGACCCUGGAGCUAUGCCCACCCAGCUCAAGA